GCCAAUAAUAGUUGAGUAUAUCUGUAAUGAAUAUUCACCUAUAUAAACAUUCAAGAAGUGACGAAGAGACAACUUAUGUUAACCUCGAGGACAAAGAUAACAAUUUGGACCAGCACUUGUUGCCAACCCCGGCCAAAGAGGCAUCAAGCCAAACCAAAAGCAUUGUAUUUGCGUUGCUGACAGGGGUUUUCUAUGCUUUGCACAACUUCACACUUGGAAGUCUUGCAAGAAUGGGUUACUUAGCCAGGUUCAACACUGGAAUCGGAAUGGUUAUUUCAGCAAUCAUCUACUACAUAUACAAGUUCAUAAUGGCCAAGAAGAAUGGAGAAGAGUUCUUCAAUCGUGAAGAGUCUGUGUUUCUGGACCAAAAGACAAACUUUGCUCAUGGUUCAAGAGGAAGAGUAGAACCAUGGAUCGUAGUUGGGAUCUUAGUCAACAACAUCUUUAAGAUUGGAGGCGGGCUUGUAGUAAUCAUCGCUUUCAAGAUGGCUUUAGAAAGCGGUCUUAACCAAGGCAUCAUCACUUCCUUAUUCGGAAUGACUCCAUUUCUCGCUUCUCUGUGUUUCUACUGUUUGUUCAACGAGAAACUUAGAAUUUCUCAAGUUGCAGGUAUGAUGUUCAUGGUCGGUUGCAUCGUGUGUAUCGGAUUAGGAACUACAGCCACAAAACUCAACACCAAGAUGUCUAUUCACCCAGAAAGUUCUAACGCAACUGCGUACAUUUGCAUUUUGCUUGCAUGCAUUUGUCCUGUGUUCUUUGCCAUUGGUGGACUCAUCAUGAGGCUGAUGAAAGUGGAGUUCCAGACUGACCCCAAUGAUUUCACACAGGUUUGCUACCUCUGGCAAGCUCCAGUUCUAGUGGCUGGAGUAAUCUUCGGAUACACCGCAGGAGGAUUCGACUUCGUACUUGCAGAAUUCAUGCAAAUGAUUGCUGCAGGCAUGCUGGUCAGCAUCGGAGGCGCCUUUUUCAAUAUUGCUAUAUCAUGUGGAAAUGCAGGAGUUGCCUACUCGCUCAUCAACGUUCAAGUCAUCAUAUUCUCGGUAUUAGCAGCAGUAUUCCUUCAACAAAUUCCAUCUAACAUAGAAAUGUUGGCAGGCACUUUAGGAAUCAUUGGUUCGUGCAUAAUGUCGAUUGGCCCAAGCAUUGUAGAGAAAAUCCAGAAAUCAAUUAAAAAGUAGCUCAAUUAUCCAAACAAAGAAACGACUAAUUAUAUAAAUUCAAUAA